AUGUUCACACCCAUUCAAACAUCCCUCGGAGCCUGGCUUCUAUUUCAGGGCUCCUCAGGCCUACUCGUUCAUAACGGCGCUGUCUUCGGUAUAUCCUCCCUUAUUUCGGGCUCCGUUUUCAAUCCCUCAAGGGAUAACGUUCCUAUCAUCACUGGCUUGGUCUCGAGCAUUCUACCAGUCUAUCUGCUCGCUCCAUCUCUACUCCCGAGCUAUCCUGCGGCCCCGGAUUCAUUGGCGACGGCGGCGACAACGUUUGGAGUCGGACUUCUCCUAGGUUGGGGUACAAAGAAUGGCCGAGGAUGCACUUCCGGACACAUGCUCUGCGGCAUAUCACGAUUAUCACGACGCUCAAUAAUUGCAACAGCUAUAUUCUUCACGACAGCUCUCAUAACCGCUAAUGUCGUCGGGGGAGGCUCAAACAUUCCAUCCUGCGGCCUCAACACACCAUGCUACACACCCACAUAUCCCUCCACACCCGAACUAGCCUUUAUAUCCGGUGCGGUGAUACUAUCAACGCUCGCGAAUUUCUUCAUUAUUCCCGAAUCCUUCUCCCGGACCGAAAUAUGUCGAGCUAUUUUUGCCUACAUCGCCGGACUUGAGUUCGGCCUCGGCCUCUUGAUCUCAGGAAUGGCGGACUCGGCUAAGGUCUUGCGGUUCUUUGCUCUACCCACCGAUCCGUCUCGCUUUGAUCCCUCCUUGGCUCUUAUCAUUGCCUUUGGUCUUGGUCCUUCACUUGUGACGUAUCUGUCAUUGAAACCGGGUCGAUCGUUGGGGAAGGAUACAGAUGUCGCAAAGCCGACGCUAGCUGAGCGUUGGAGAUUGCCUACUGCGACGGUGGCGGAUAUUGACUGGCGAUUUGUGGCUGGCGCACUGGCUUUUGGCGUGGCGUGGGGGGUUAAGAGGAGUUUGUCCUGGUCCAGCUCUUUUGAGAACAGUUCUUCAGCCUAG